AUGGCUGUUCGAAGUUUUCAAGGGUUGAAGUUAAUCUUUAGUGUUAUUGGAAAAUCGCCGAGCAUAGCAUCAAAGAGGGAAGUAAUUGGACAUUGGAAUUCGAGAGUAUUUUAUGAAUACUUUGGUUGCGUCCUCUACGAUUCGAACGAAGAAAUUCUUCUUGAUUUAGGUCUUGACUGUCGAGUGAUCUUGUUAAUGAAUACGAAACUUCACCUCAUUAGCAAUAUUAUGGAAUAUUAUGAAAUUAAUUAUCUCUAUAAUGAUGAAGUGUGCAGAGAAUUUACAGAGAAACUUUGGGUAUUCACUAAUACAAGCUAUCAAUUUGCCCAAUUUGUUAAAAGCUCGAAUGAACAUUGA